UUCAGGGCAUCAACUGAUGCCUAAAAUUUACCGAUGUGGGUGGUACUCUGCACAGUUCAGAAAGGAAGGCGCGGCUGUAAACUGGAUCCGAAUUAGUCAUUUGUGAACAACUAUUUGAGUCAAGAGAAAUCAGGGAAGGAAGAAACCCAAUUGAGGCGGCGAAAUCAGUGAGAGUGGAAGCAAUGUUGAAUCAAGAGGAACAUAGCAAAUGUGGGGAUUUUCAGACCAAAAAAGAAAAUAAGAGGAAGAUUGAACUGAUGCGCUACAAGUAUGCUACUAUAAAUGUUAGGUUGAAUUUUUAUGCGUGUGUUGAUCGAAAUUCUGCAGGGAAGGAGCUGUGUUCAAGCAUAAGAAUAAAAUUAAAUCCAUCCCAUCAUCACCAGCAACGGGCACACAAGCUGUUUGUAUAAAUGCCUGAAUGAGGUUUGAAGCUGCGUGAAAAGUUACUAUCGAAGUAGGCUGUUUUGGACCUUUGGUCAUUGAUGCUAUUGUAAAGAAACCCCCAGCCAUGGCUGGGAAGGAGAAGAAGAAAGGGAAUUUGAAACCCUAGAAAAUCGCCAGUCAACGCUUCUAACUCGAAUUCCAUACUCAGUGUUGUCAUAUUUAGGGAAGGUUUUCUAUUCCGCGACGGACUACUAAGGAUAGAAACACUUUCCAGUUCCGCUGCAAUUACUACUGGUUUUCUUGAAUCUAUUCUUGAAUACUGAGUUUCUUGAAUCUAUAUAAGUAGGAAGCUAGACCUUGGCAUGAGACACACAAGAAGAUUAUCCUAGCUUAGCUUUCUUUUCAGUUCUAAGUUUCUCUCGAUAUUCAUUCAUGGCAGAUCUUAAAACCCAUUAUCAGCCUAAUUCUCCUGCUCCUUCUCCAACUUGUAAUACCAUCCCAACUGAAGAUGAAGAUGAAGAAGAACAGAUAAUAUAUCAUGGUGCAUCAAAUUCAAUGUUAAGAUCUCCAAGCCAACUCAGUACUCGUAGUUUCACCAAUCUUAUGAAUAAUGGUUGGGGUUCUUCAUUCGGAGCUAGUUCUUCCAAGAAGCGUUCAAUUAGUACUAUUCCUAACAUGAUCAGUCAUGGUUAUAUGAAUGGUUUGGGUUCUUCAUCCGGAGCUAGUUCUUUUCCUGCUCCUCCUUCCCUCCCAACUGAAGAUGAAUUGCUCUCUUCUUUUCAAGGAUUAUUAUCAGUUGAAGAACAGAAACUAUGUGCUGCAUAUGGUGCAUCAAAUUCCAUGAUAACAUCUCCAGGCCAACUCAGUACUCAUAGUUUCACCAAUGGAACAAUGAACUCUAAUCUUAUGAAUAAUGGUUGGGGUUCUUCACUCAGAACUAGUUCUUCAAAGUACCCGAGUUUCGAACAUUCAACUAUCAUCAAUCAAGGUAAUUAUGUUGGGAAUUCUUUUGCUAAUUCUCGACAUCAUCCUUUCUUCUCUUUGAAGAUGCAAGGUUGGAAUGAUUAUCGGAUUAUGAAAAUUGUGAAUGAUGACCCAAGUCUUCUUGAUGAACUGAAUGGAUACGAUAUACUCAUGUUGGGAAGCCAUAAAUUAGGUUGCAAGUACUUGAUGAAACUUCUAUGUAAUGAAGGUGAAGCACCGCGACUGACCAGAUUACUAGGCAGCAGCUCCGCAGAUUUUUUCAAAGCAAUCGUAUAUGUUAUCGCCAACGAAGUUAACACUAAAUCUGGGUCUCGUGCGAUGGAAAGUCUCCUGAUCAAACUGCUCAUGGGAAAUCCCACGUUAAUCGUUUACGUGUUGCGAUUUAUGAAGCCUAGCCUAUUUCCUCUCAUGUUGAACCAGAAUGGGAGCCAACUAGUUCAAAAACUUUGCAUACAUGUGCCAAAUAUGUACUUGGGGGAUCUAUACGAAAUAGCGGUGAUAAACUGCGUUAAGCUUUCUACUACAGAACAAGGAUGCUUCGCUCUCAAAUCUAUUAUUGAUUCCAUCGUCGAUCCUCUCAAAACUCAGCUGCUAUCAAUCAUCAUAGGCGAGGCCGUGUUCCUUUCUGCACACGAUUACGGGAAUUUUAUUGUGCAACAUGUUCUAGAGCGCCAUCCUUAUACUGCAAGCCUUAUAUGCAAUGAGCUUAUAAGCAAAAAAUACUUAUUUCCACUUUCUAAGAAUAAGUAUGGCAGUAAUGUUGUAGAAAAAUGUAUUGAAUCGAAUGCAACCGAUGUUGUAGUUUCGCAACUCCUCUCUGAUUGUAAACAACUUGUUGAACUAGCUCAAGAUAAGUUUGGCAACUAUGUCGUCCAGAAAGCACUUAAGCUUACAAAGGGAAAGGCAUUGCGCCAACUAGUUGACGUCCUUCACAAAUGUUCGGGCCAGCUCGAGAAUCUUCCCAAUGGGAGGAAUGUGUAUAACUUGAUUAAAAGAUUCAAAUUGCACAAGGAAUUGGUUGUUGUUACAGGUGAUGCAAUUGUAAUGUGAGGCUCCAUCUUAGCUUCUAGAGUCCAUCAAUUUUGUCUGUUUUCUAGUGUAACUGUAAGUUUGUUAAUUUGGGUGUAGUGGAUUUCUGUUUUGGCUUAUGUAGACAUGAGCUUGUAAAACAUUUUGAUUAUGCAGAAUGAAAUUUUGUUGAUGAG